UAUUAUAAAAAGAUCUUUAAUUUUUUAACCUAGGAAACUUAUUUUCCUGAGAAAAUGCCUACAACAAAGAAAACAUUGAUGUUCUUAUCGAGUUUUUUCACAAGCUUUGGGUCUUUCGUUGUUAUUUGCUCUCUUCUGGCAACACAAGCGUGGGUCACCAGUACAAUUGCCAUCAGUGACUUUGCUUCCAAUGGUAGCAUUGUCAUCAACUAUGGACUUUUUCGUGGUAACAGUAUCCAAGAAUUGGAUCAAGGACUUGCAGAAUCAGACAAAGAUUUUGAAGUUUUAGGAAAAUUGAACAACUCUUCCCAAAAAACCCUGCACUUGGUGGUUAUUCUGUUCCUUGUGCUCAGUCUGUCCACGUCGCUGCUGAGCUCUGGGUUUACCUUCUACAACAGCAUCAGCAACCCCUAUCAGACGUUCUUGGGACCGGUGGGCAUCUACACCUGGAACGGACUCAGUACCUCCUUUAUUCUCCUGACCAUGAUACUGUUUGUGGGGAACACGCAGUCCAAUCAUCUCUCAGAAGAAUUGUCCCAGAUACUUUAUCCAACAGCCAUGCAUAAAGGAGCAACUCACCAUUAUGGGUACUCGUUUUGGCUCAUGUUCCUCGUCAUUCUUCUAAAUAUCAUCACUGUGGUCAUCAUCGUUUUCUACCAGAAGGCCAGAUACCAGCGGAAGCAGGAGCAGAGAAAGCCGAUGGAAUACGCACCGAGGGAUGGAAUUUUAUUCUAAACAGACAUUUUUAUGUCAGCUCCCCUAAGCAGUCACUUCUUAGCUUGUCUGGUAGUCAGCAUGGUGAAUUGAAGCCCUGAAUGACUGUCAUUUUGCAAUCAUGUUCAUUAUCUCAUCAGAGUAUACUAUUCAUAAUGACCUACCCCUUGAAAAGGGUGCCCACGAGGCCGGAGAAGAUGGAUGGGAAGAUGCUGCCAUCCCAUGUAACGUACAAAGCCCUAGAGUGAUUAUGAGCUGAUGGACCUUUUGGAUCUGGUCUUAUUAUUUCAAUUAAACAGGCUUGCAUUAAACAUCUUUCAUCCAAGUAGCUCAAAGCACUUUACCACUUAUGAUCUCAUUGUCCUCAGAAAGGACCAGGUGUCAUCAUCUCCAUUCUAUGCAGAAGAUUUCUGGGUACAGAGGGAUCAGAACUCAUCUUUCCAGGAUGGAGUAUUGGAGGCAAAUGUGAGAUUCAAGGGUAAAUGACCUGGUCUCUACAUCCUCAGUCGCUGACAAACUUGAGCCCAGCAUUGAGCAGAAAUGCUGAAUCUGUGACCCUCAAACCCAUUUUUGAAAUUCCAGGGUGAAAUUCUUUGGAGGGAAGAGAUUUGGAAGUGGAAAGAGGGUCAGGGAGAUGGAAAAAUUAUAACCCUGCAGUCUACAUGCUACAUAGGCUAAAUACUGUAUUUUUGAUUGAAAAAGAUUGUAGUGAAUGGAAGUGAAACAUUGCAGCAAGUUCUAGCAACAAGUCCAUCACCCAAGCGUCUGUGAUUUCCUGCAGCGUAGACACAGAUGUAGCUGUUCAGAUGGAAACGCUUCACCUGCCAGCAGCCUCCCGCACUGCUGGGUGCUGAGGAAGAAAUGAUUGAGAACACUGUGGUUUUGCAGGCAUACCCAGAAUCAAGCCAGAGCAGACAAUGGAACCCAGGCCUUGGGUGGCCCUCUAAGAACAGGUGGGUGAACAGGCUCAUGGUUUUAUCAGAAGACAGUGGGCAACCAGGAAAAUUAAAAUACCACCAGAAUGGAUUUGACCUUCUUUGCCAGUGGGAUGUAUUCUCAGAAAAUCACUUUGAGAAUCUUUUGCACUUGAGUGUCCCACAAAUAAGCCAGGUGAAACAUCAAAGGAUUCUGAAAUAAUUGCCUCUCACAUCUUAAUGGAAUGAGUCAAAAGGAGCAGAAUUCCCUUGGUGAAAUUUGCAAAGCAGAAGCUCUUUGGACAAAAAGAUAGACAAUUUGUGAAGGAAAAAGUGAUUAAUGACCUUUGCUCUUAGUUUUUUUUUUUUUAGAAGUCAGUCUUAGAAAUAAGAUUUUUCAUUCAAGGAAUAUUCACUGAGUACCAGGCUCCAUGUCACCCCGAGCCCUGGGCUGUCACGGAGCCCACCCUUCAGCUGUCAGAACAGACACAUUCCAUUUAAAGCAGGUAGUUAGUUCCCAAAUUGUGCUCAUUCUCUGAAAGGUCAGUUCUCUGUAGUCUCCCACCCAAAACUCGUACUAAUU